UAGUCUGGAAAGAAAAAAAACAGCUGUUUCCAACACUUAAAUAUUGUUUAAAUAACUUUUUUGAACUGAACUGACAAGAUUGGGUAAAAGCUCACUUUGCAAUCAACAAACGUCUUAAGAAUGAUUAAAGUCAAUUAAAACCGUGGAGUGGACACAUCUGGGCAGCUGUUAAGCAUGUCACUUGAAGGCUACAAUGAUUUUGUGGUGCUCACCGAGGUGGUUCGAAAGCAGUAUGUACAUUACCUGGAGCGUCAGUUGGAGGAGAAUGUCUGCGCCUGGGCCAAGAAGUCAAGGAAUCAUCACAAGCCCACCGCGUGGGCCUGCAUACCGCAGAGCCUGAGCACGCUAGAGGAAAUGGCCGUCAAGGCCUGCAUGGCUGCGCAGAUCUAUCAGCGAGCGAUGGUCAAGAUGAUAGCCACCAUAAGAAGGAACACGCAGGAAUGUCGCCUGGCCAACGUUUUGUUUAAUAACAUGCAGCUGAUGGGGCGCGAGGAGGAUGCACUGCCAGCUAACUCUGUCCAAUGUUUGGUCGAUAAGGCAACGCAAACCGCAUGCAACGAGCCAUCCAAUGAGAAUUUGAGUCCCAGUCAGAGUAAUUCCCAUGCAGAAGAUGAUUAUGGCAGCGUUGAGCUGCGCCAGAAAAUCGAUUUGUUUCAGGCCCGACUCGAGAAAUCAGACGCCGACCAAGAACUUCCUUGUCGCCGCUGUCGGCAGCUUCGUCGCAACAAGCGUGUUGUCCUGCAGGAGCAGACGGAGCAGCAGCAGCCAAUGGAGGACGAAGAUGCAGUCGGCAAGGAGCUUGCCCUGAUAUUUGGCGAAGAAAACACCGAUCUCAAUGAAAUCUUCGGGAUUGAGAGCACCGCUGCCACAGACGACCCUCAGGUAUCGGACAUACUGGAGGAGCUGGCCAGCGUAGACGAGACUGAAGAUCCGCCCACGCCCUUGAUCUCAGCUCUAGAGCACAGUGAAACGGAUUUACGCACCAGCCGCUGGCCCUGCGAACUCUAUGCAGAGCGACGGCGACUCAAUUCCUGCCUGAUCCGCCUGCUAGAGGCCGACUGGCGCUGCGAGGACAGGCUGCGGCACAAGUUUCACAUCCUCUUUGGCGAGGACAGCGACGAUGAAUUCUCUGCCCACAUAUCUAGUCCCUCCAUAGAUCUGGUGGAUGAAGUACUGCUGGCCAGCUGUAUCCUCCGCAUUCGGCCGUGGAUUGUGCGCCAUCUGAUGGCGCCGCUCCAGGAGCGUCUCAUUGCCAAUCGGUUUUUGUUCAAGAAACUAGCCAAAAUGAUGGCCUACCACAUUGUCAUGGCCAAUCCUUACUGCUCGGAGCAACAGGUCAAGCAGGCGGUGGAGCAUCUCUUUUGCCUUCUACCGCGGGGCGUGCAGAGCGCCUACGAUCUCGAAAGUUUGCCUCCCGUGGAGGUGGAAAGAUUUGAAGUGUAAUAAUCCAACCUACUACUAGUCUUUUAAAGUGUACAAAUUUGAUUACGAAUUUAGCCAUUUAGCUGGAGGGCAAGCCAGAGCA